AGGGACACGUCAGCAGUUUUUUUCUCUCGCUCUCACUGUUUCUGUUUCUCUCUCUCCUUCUGGUUUGCAUUUUAUUUUUUCCAUUCCUAUUGGCCCUUGUAUACUUAUCCAACUUUAGAUUCUUCUGCUACAUAAAGAGUUGACUCCAUCAUGGCAACACUGAAAAGACAGGGUUUGCAGAUACAUGAGCCUGGCCUCGACCUUAGCGAGGCCGUCGGCGACAAGGGUUCCCGCGAGCAGCACCUUGAGCAGGCAGACAGGGGUCAUGGCGAGGGGCGUGGCAGGGGGCGUGGCAGGGGGCGUGGCUGAGGAGAGGAACGAGACGAUCAAAUGGCUCUGGGAAGCGGAUGCCAGCGAGGUUAUGCUUGCUGUGGGACACGCUCAUGGGUGCAGGCGGGUGCUGCCUUGCUACACUCUGAACACACUGGCGCCUCUGCGUCCUGAGCAAGUGGAGGAGGCGCUGCGCCAUCUGCAGAGUGCAAGUCCGAGGGCGUGACGUUCAACAGCGGGCUGCAGGCGGCCAUCAACACGGCUCUGGUGGAGACUGUGGCGGAGGCCGGCCUGCAGCAGGACGCCUUCAGCCUCAGCAUCAACCUCGCCACCGACGUCCGCCG